AUGCGACAACACAUCUGGGCUGGACUGAUUAACGGAUUCAUCAUUGCAUCUAGGCAGCUCUUCCAUCUGGCAUUGGCUCAGUUGUGCGUGGGUUUCAAGCACAGCGGCAAUGCAAACCCCAGCUUGUUUGCUGACAGUGUGUCUUUGUAUGCAAUCAACUUGAUCAAAGCUUUCUGCAUUGAAUUCAGGCGCCUUCUCCAUACAAAAGCUGCAAGAAAUCCGGUUCCUGGGCGCCUAAUGAGUUGUUGCAGUCUGAGUUUCUAAUUUUGUUCUACUAUCCUUCUCCCGUUGCGGAAUAUCGCUUGUUGCUGUAGGGUGCAUCAUAUCAUAUAUCACAUUUACCUUUCUACUUCUGUCUACCGGGGCGUUGA